AUGUCUCGUAAAAUAAUAGAGCUUUUGAACGACGAACAACUUUCCUACUCUAUUGAAGUGACUCAAGAGAUAACUGAAGAUGAAAUAAAUAAGUUGGUAAUAAAUAAAAUUGUUCCACUGGAACCCUUAUUUUAUUCGGUGACAUGGCAUGCGCUAGUGCAUAAAUGUAAAGCUUUAGAUAUAGCUCCGAUAAGAGUGGCAAAGCGGUUGAGAGAAUUGAACAAAGACGUCCUGCUACAUCUGACUUGUUCCUUGCUAACGAAGCCUUUUCUUGAAAAGUUGUUGGAGACCCUACAGAUUUCUGAUAUUCGUAAUUUAUUCAUCGUUUUAGGUGAAAACUGUGACUCUGAAAGCACUGACUUCAAAGGCACGAAGGAUCUAAUAAAAUAUAUACGGCAGAUAACGGGCGAUUACUUUUGCAUUGGAGUAGCUGGAUUUCCAGGCAGCGAUGACAAGUUAUUGGCUCUAAAAGACAAAGUAGAUAGUGGAGCAGACUUCAUACUCACACAAGCUUUCUUUGAAUAUGAAGAUUUCAAGAAUUUUCUUGUUAAAUGUAAAAGCUUAGGAAUUAAUAUUCCUGUUAUACCUGGAAUGUUUCCUUUUGAUACUGAAUCGGAGUUAAUUAAAUUUAAAAACUUGUGCAAAGUGAACGUGUCUGAAAACUUUUUAAAAUUGGCUAAUGAAGAAUCUGGAAUAAUACUAGUUGAAAAAUUAAUCAAUAUCAUGGUCAAAGAAGCUAAUGUGAAACAUUAUCACUUUUUUACUUUAAAUAAAAUCGCAAGAAUAGAAAAUUUGAUCAAGAAACUAUGCAGUGUUCAAGGUUUAAAAUUAUAACUAACUUACGGCAGUCGGUGAAUAAUGAUAU